UCAGGUGUAAAAGCACUGUAAACGCUGUUGCCUCUGUUAUUGUUAUUGUAACCGUUGAUAUCAUAAUAAUAUACAAUAUAAUUUUAUAAUAAUAUAAUAGGUUAUUUACAAUCGUUUUUUGUUUAGUUUUAUAGUUAUUUUUAUAAAUUAUUCGAUUAUUACAGUGAACGCGGUCCGCGUGUAUUUCCGAAUUUCCGUGCAGUAUUGCCUACAUAUCGUUAAUCAUGCUCCCGUCGAAAGUCUGACGUGCAGUGGUGUAUUUAUAUACAUACAACGGUUUUAUAAAUGGGCACCUCAGAGGUACUGGAAGAAUUUCCGCCGCCCACGGUCCCCGACGACGGGUGUCCACGGCGGCGGGAGCAGCAGCCGCAGGAUCAGAAUCAUCAACGUGAAGACGAAAAUGAUAUCCACGACGAUGAAAAUGUGCUGACCAUCGAACAGGCUCGAGCCGUGAUAAAACAGCUGCGAGACAGAUGCCGGUUCCAGACGCACCAGACGCUAUUGUGGAGGAGAAAAGCCAAAAUACAGGAAGAACGGCUAACACAGAUGAGUUCGGAGUACGGGUUUCGGCUGGAGUCGUUGACGUCAGACCUAUUAUUGUUCGAGUCUCGGCUGAGCCGCAAGCAGCGAGCUAUUAGCGAACUGCUAGACCAACGUGAGGCGAUUAUCGAGCGACAACAGCACGCUAUCAGGUGCCUACACUCGAGACUUGCCGACUUCGGCGUGACCGCAUCGGUGCCUGGAUGCUGUGGAGGUGACGGCGACAGAGUUGGUGGUGGAGGUCCAACGUCCGAUGACGGCAACGUGGACGACAGCGACAGCGCCGUGAUCAUGGAGGAAGACGAGUCAGGAAACAGCCAAGAAGAUGCGUCCGAACAAUCUUCGCAUCCACGGAUGGACCGACGACGGACAUCAGUGGUGUCGGCGUCGGCGUCGGAAGGCUCAGCUGAUGGUCGUCUGCCUGCAGAAGACGGACGGGAAACGAACGUCCGAGGUACUGAAAACGAGACCGCGACCACAUAUAAUCGAGUGAUGAGCAAUCAUCGAUCGGUGACUAAACCGAAGGACGUCAAAUACAAGCGCAUCAACAAGGCCAAAUCAAAGUCCCUUGAAGAGCUCCGAGGCCGGCUAAAGAACUGGGUAGAUCGCGGACAGCGCAUGUCGCUCACCGUCGACCCUACGUACGGGUGACCACGGUGGCCGGCCGUCUCGGGCCUCUUGGACAGACUGCGGCCAGCCCGGAAGACUGUGGCGAAGACCUGCGACAACGUGUGACUUGGCGUGGCACACUUGAAAUUACCAAAUGAAUCGUAUCGUAUCGUCCCGCUUGAGAACAAAAACUUAAUGUUAGGGCUGGUAUUUAAUGCACUAGGAAUCGCUAAAAAUAUUCUAAAAAUAAAUGAAAGAGUUCUAUAAAAAUCUCAAAAAAUGCACGAUAAAAUGCAUUUAAAAAAGUAUUUAUUUCCAAUCAAUAAAUUAUGUGUUGUACAAUAAUGUUUUUUUUAACAUAAAAUGUAGUACAGAGUAUACUUGAUUUAGUUAAAUCAGUAACGCAUAUAACACAUUUUAUAUUCAUGGAACCAUUUGAAAAAAAAACGAAAAAAUAAUUACAUUGCAUAAAAAUUCCAGCCCGGAAUCCUAAUUAUUAUAAUUCGCACGUUUGAAUAUAGUAUUAUAAUAAUAAUUAUUAUUAUUAUUACUACUACGUAAAAUUGGAAAAAGAAUCGAUGAAACAAAUUAAUUAAAUAUAGCGAGUACCUAUUAAUUAGGUAGUACAUUUUAAAUAACAACAAUAAUUUAUAAAUAUAAAUAUAAUUAUUCUAAAUUGUUCGUCAUUUUUCAAUAUGAUUCUUUCCGAUAUUGGUUCAAACGUGUUUUGCUCAUAAGCUGGACAAUUUGACGAUUUCAAAGACGAUAUGUUAAAUCCGUUUUUUAUAACAAAAGUUGAUCAGUCCGUUUGAAAACUUUAUACUUUACAUUUUUAUAAGUCACUAUAUAAAAUAUAUUAUAUUACUGGCUUUGGAUGAUUCGGAGUUCCUAACGCGCCACCACCCCUCAGAGACAGCAUGUCGCAUUAGGGGUGAUUUUAUUAUUACUAGUAUUAUAAAUAUUGUUAUUGUAUUAUGUCUACUAUUAUUGUUAAAAUCUUUGAAAUCG